CCGGGUGCCAGCUAGCACUCCUUGUUCUUUACUGUAUCAGGUUUGACGGCAUCGAGUGCGUGAAGAAGUUAUCUAUUCAGUACGUCUCUACUUAGUAAUAUUUCAACUGCAUCAGUGGAGGUUGCAGAACUGGCUGGGUUGGAAGCUGGCUGACUACUUAUUCAGGUUGUCGAGGAGCUCAUGAUGGAUGAUCUCAUGAUUGUUCACAAUCUCACAUCCGAGGACGCAGACGAGGCUCGAAAUUUCCGUGAUGCAGAUGGAGGCCUGAGCGAAGAGUCAGCGCAACGGACCAAUCCAAGAAAUGUCCUUAUUCGUGACCUAGGCAACGAAGAUCCUCAAUGGGCAAACGCUCCGCCAAGCAUGGUUGAUGAUGCCGGGCAGAAUCCCACUUUGGCUUCAUCGCUCACAGGUCCAACUGUACUUGAUCAACUCGAUGAAGCAGGUGAAGAGUCUGCGAUUUUUCCAUCCAUCCCGAGAAACAUUCACGUUGAAGAGGAACAGCCACCCUUGGAUGAUGGGGAUGACGAGGAUAGGGAAAGUGACCCGUGGACGGCGACAGGGCAAUUUUCAGAUCCCACAGCCGAACGUGGCUUUUUGCUGCAUCCACCUGCAGGUCCUGACGAAGCUGAUGAUGCGAGUGAAGAGUCUGCGAGUUUUCCAUCCAUCCCGAGAAACAUUCACGUUGAAGAGGAACAGCCACCCUUGGAUGAUGAAGCGGAAAGAGACCCCAGGACCUAUCUCGAGCCAUUGUCGACGGUGACAGGGCAGUAUUCAGAUCCUACAGCCGAACGCAGCUUUUUGCUGCAUCCACCGGCGGGUUCCGACGAAGUAGCAAUCAGCAGAAAACCCAUGUUCGUUCUUUGGCUUGUCGCAUUGCUUGUCUUGGUCAGUAUGACUUUGCUCUAUGCUCCAGUCCAUCGCGAAGACCGUACUAAAGAGGUUCUAAGCUGCGCAUCCAUACUUUCUCAACAAGAGAUUUCACAGGAUGGCACCCCUUUGCGCUGGAAUGCUGCCCGGUACAUUAUUGAAGGACAGGGAAUUGCCAUCGGAACAUCAGGUUGCCAUCUUUCAGGCUCGGUUUUCGCGACGGCGUAUGCAAUGAUUGUGUUAAGGGAAAGUCUACAUGUGAAAAACCCAACCUGGCAUCGAACCAAUAAAAACAUCACCUCGAUCGACGAUUUGUGCCCUUGGAAGCACGCAGUUUGUCGCGGCAACCAGAUUACAAGUCUUAUAUUCAACAAUGCAGGACUAUUUGGAACCUUGCCACCAGAACUACAUCUGCUUCGCCAUCUAGAGUUCUUUGAUGUCAACUCCAACAACGCUCUGGUCGGUCAGAUACCUAGCACUCUUGGCCUCAUGACGAACUUGCAAGAUCUGUUUUUGCAGCAGUCGUCUUUGAGUGGAAGCAUUCCGACGGAACUGGGAAGGCUAUCGUCGUUGCGACGUGUCCUCGCGUACACCACAAACCUCACUGGAACCGUGCCCAAAGAGAUUUGUUCUCGAUCUGACCUUCAGAUAAAAGCACAUAUUCCAUGCAACCACCUCUUAUCCUGAGAAGCGAAGGAUGGUUGAACACAGACCUGGUUUCACUCACGAAGUUUCUCUCACGUGUCACAGCAGUCCACUGACACUGACUUGCAGAAUUGAGAUUUAAACCACCGUCUAUAGCAGGCUCGCUAGUCGAUGUCAAUAGCUUCUCGCCGUUAACAACCAAAGAUUGAU